CGGACUUAAACGUACCACUUUUUGAGUAUGUAAACCGUCCAAAUACAUCCGAGGUUGUUUUCGAUAAAAUGGCCGAGGAGCUCCGAAUGGCAUACUACAGGAAAUGGCCGAGAUGUUCCGAUUGAAUGGACAGGUGCGCUGUCAGUGUCAUAAAGUUUGUUGACAUGUUGCGAAGAAUGGCGGAGACGAACAGGGAUUUUAUGAUGUUUUUAGAUGAUCCAUAACCAUCUUCGACAAUGAGUGCGUCUCGUGUAAAAAAGACACCAGAUAUGCGUGUAGCAGACUUAAGACGUGAAUUAACAUUCCGGGAAAAGAAAGUGGCAGAAAUAAAACGUGAAAAAAUAAGGUCCCUCGCUGAUACUAAACCAGUUCCGAAAUUAAUGAUAACUGUGGAUUUGUCACAUGCAAGAGGAAACCUUGAUGCACUCAAAAUGUGUCUAAAGGAGUUAGAAUGGAAAGAAUUCCCAUUUGGUAGAAAGGACCAGCACUGUGACAUCCAUUGGCAGUGCCAGAGCUUUGAACAAAACCCUGACCUCUAUGGCGGCAAGGUCAACAAGUUCCCUGGUAUGUGCUGGAUCUGCAGUAAGCAGAAUCUGUUUCGUGUUUUGGACCAGAUGGCCCUUCUGUAUCCUGAGGAGUACAACUUCCAUCCCCGAACAUGGUAUCUUCCUGAACAACUUCAUGCCCUUGCCAACGAAAUGAAGAAAAUGAAUGAAAAACGCUCUCGUUCAAAAGCCACAUUUAUUGUUAAACCAGAUUCCGGUUCACAAGGUGAAGGUAUAUACUUGAUUAGAGAUGUCCAGGAUUACUUAAGUAUGAACUCUGGGUACCAAAAUGUAGGAAAGUUACAUGUAUGCCAGGAAUAUUUAGCUGAUGUGUUCCUUAUUGACAAAUUCAAAUUUGACCUUAGGGUGUAUGCAGUUUUAAAAUCUGCCGAUCCCCUUGAGUUAUAUGUUUGCAAAGAGGGAUUAGCAAGGUUUGCUACUGUGCCAUACGAAUAUCCAACGAACAAAAAUAUACAUGAAGUUUUCAUGCAUUUGACCAACUACUCAUUAAACAAAAAAAGUGCAACAUUCAAUAGGUCUGAAAAAGAAGACGAAGGCAGCAAAAGAACGCUCACCAGUGUGUUCACUAGAUUACGUCGCCAUGGAUACAACAUCGAUAAGCUAUGGAAACGUAUUGAACAAAUUAUCGUGAAGACGAUGAUCGCAAUAAUUCCGGACCUGAAGAUAGAAUUUCAGAAUGCACUGCCAGCAAACAAACCAGGGCCCACAUGCUUUCAGAUUUUAGGCUUUGACAUCUUGCUCAUGCAUGAUCUGAAGCCAAUGCUCCUGGAGAUAAAUAGUAGCCCAAGUCUACGCAUUGACAGUGAGGUGGAAGUAGCGCCUGGAGUGCCAGAGUUUGUCCCAAGCCCAAAGGACGAAGAAGCGAAAAUACCACUGAUUCGAGACACCCUGCUGUUAGUGGCACCCGACAAGAAGGUGAAAUAUUUGGAAAGUUGGAGGGAGACGUAUGGUAAACCAUUAACUUUCCGAAAUUUGGAAUCUGAACGACAAAAGCGGCGAAGAAAGCGUCGAGAGAAGCGACGUAAGAAACACGAAGAGGAUCAACGUCAUCAGGCACAGGAGGAGUCCCAAAAACCACCUACUCAGAUAGAACGGGACGGGAUCAUCCAUGUUGAAACCAGCCAUCCUCGCAGCAGCAUCGUCAUUAUACGGUCCAGCGAAGAUGACGAGCCAAGGAAACCAAGGCAUGAAAGUUCGUUUGUUUUACCGAACAUCUAUACUGAUGGGAUGUCAGCAAAGAAGCACCCUGAUGAAAAUGAAAAUGACAUAACUGAUCCUUGUGUGGAACAUUUCAACCAAGAAUAUGUAGAAAGACACGAGUUUGUUGACUGUGUUGAAAAAAUGCAAAAUGAUAGUGAUGAAGAAAAUGAUUCUUGUGGUGUUGGCAAAAUAACGUCCAAGCCAGAAGACAACAAAAAAUUAAUAGUCAGUAGAAACCAAAAUGGUAAUAAUUUGAUUGAUGUGCAGUCGGUCACGAGAAUUCAAAGCUCAAGUAGGAUUUAUAACAACAGUAGUAGCAGUUACUAUAGUAACUUAGAUUAUGAAAAUAAGAUGGAGGAAAGCAGCGGUAGUGAAGAUGAAGGUCAUGUGACUGAUGACCUUGAUGGGUACUGUAGUAGCUUGAAGCAAGUUUACCCUGACACAUAUGCAGACAAAUAUGACAAAUUUCGAAUUUAUGAGAAACUAGCGAUUGUGUUCACAGUUUGUCUGGGUGUUAGAGCCACACAGCGUCUAGGUCCCACUGGCUUCAGAACUUUUGCAAGAAAAUGUCGCUUGAACAAAAAAGGACUUACAAACGCAACCAUCGACAUAUUGUUCAUUGACAUGCAACGGAAAUGGGAGCAUGUGAACCCAGAAAGAACGACAGGACUGGGUUUCCGAGGGUUUCUUGAUGCUUGCCAUGAAAUUGCUAGACGCAAAUUUUUACAUGGUGACAUCCUCCAAACCAUGGAAGAGUUUAUUGAUUACUGCCUAGAAAACCUUCAGGAAGAUCAGCUAUUUCAAGCCCGCAACAACCCACGCCUUCUCACUCGCCGUACAGCUCGACCUCAUGGCUAUCCCAUAUUGGAGCCCAUGGUUGAACCCUUGCGAACCCACGCUAUAGUUGACGAACAAACUGGAAUAUUCUUAGACAGCCGUUUGCAUCCAGGGAGAUAUUUGAAACCUAGUUCGACAGACGAUGUUGACUUUUUCCUACGCAAGCAUGGGAGGCUACAGUCGAUAAAAACAAAACGUUCAAAGUCAAGGACAAAAAAUCUGGAUGAAAGAUAGCAACUACUAAGCCUUGCUUAUGUUUCACAUAAAUUACCAAGUUUCACAUUUUAGAGAAGAAAUGUACAAGUGUAAUGCAUUUUAAGGAAUUUUAAUUUCAAAUACAUGUAGCUCUUAUUUCUUGUCAUAUACUAUAUUUAGGGACUAACUUAUCAUGUUUUAAAUUCAUGUUGUUGGAAGUUGAUGGAUAAUUUACUCUUUGUUUUUGUCUGUAUUUGUAUACUACUAUUCUACCUCAUCUAUAAGCUGUUUCUUUGAAGAUAAUGUUGGAUUGUUAAGGCAUCCAUUUAAUACAUUUGAACUUCUCGGUUAUGUUCAUGGAUAUACAUACUCACAAUUGUGUGAUCAGUAUAAUUAAUUAGUGUGUAUUGUCUCAUUUUGUUUUUGCUAGUAGGACACUUUCACAAAGAUAAAUAUACAGGAAGAAGUUUCAGUCAGAUUCUGCAAAAGAUUGUAUCAAAUUCUGGUUUAACCUGUGGCCAGAUGUCCAGAUAUUGAAUGUACAUCUUCUGUGACUUAAUAGCCCUGUUUUCUUAACUGUUAUUUUGAAAAAGGAAGUAAUCACAUUGUGACUCUCGUUAAGCAUGUAGUUCAGCAUUGCUCUCCCUUUGACCGAGAUUGUGCUCCUCAUUCAGAUCAUAGUCAUAUGAGUAUAUUUUUAGUUACAUUGUUUUCGGUGAGCAGUGUUUAAAAAGGAUGAUUACAUAUUAUGGACUGGCACAAGUUUAGUGACAAUUUAAAAAAGAAAACUAAUGCAUGUAUUAUUAUUCAUGUAAUUAAGAUAAAUGGAAUAUACGUUACAGUAGUUAAUUAGCUUUUUGUAACAUAAAUUCAGGUGUCAUAUUCCUCAGUGGCUGUCAUUGUCAUGCCAAAAACAAUCAAAUAAAAUAUGUUAAAUAUAUUCAAAUGACAAUUACCUGUGACAAUUUCUAUAUGUAAUUAUGUAAUUAUACAUGAGGCCUACAACUUCUUCAAGUCAUUUCCCUCGAUUAUCAUAUAAAAUACAAUAUAAAUUAUUGACAGAAAAAAUUAGUAUAUUUUGUACCCCCUUGAAAAAGUGUGUACCCCCUUGAAGAAGUGCUAAUCCCUUUGAAAAAUUGUGUACGCCCUAGAAGAAGUGCAUACCCCUUGAAGAAGUGUGUAUACCCUUGAAAAGUUUUGUAUCCUCUCGAAGAAGUGUGUAUCCCCUUGAAAUAUUGUGUACGCCCUAGAAGAAGUGCGUACCCCCUUGAAGAAGUGCAUACUGAAAUAUUGCUCAAUCCACUGGAAAUGACGACAGAAUGGGAAUUCCAGGCUAAAUAUAGAUAUUCUAGUAUUGUAUAUAGUAAACACCAAAAGAUUUCUGGGAUUAUUUGCCUCUGUGCUGAAUUCUAUUUUGUUGUUGUUGUCUGUUAUGCAAUUUUGUUACUCUUAUCUGUAUAGCUUGUCUGUAUUUUGAAUAUAAAAGUUGAGUUAU